GCAAGAAUCGUGAGUGGAAUAUUUCUUUAAACUUCUUAAGGUUAUAUAAUAUCCCCCCCCCCUUUUCUAUAAAAAGGAAUUUCUAAUUAAAUUUGUGAGAACUGGAAUUUCGAAGUUCUUUAUAGAAAUUUUAGGCUUGAUGCCCGAUCGAUGAGAUGAAUAUUUUUAUGUCUGCCCUUAACGUUGGUCUUACUCUUAGAGAUAUUACUUGAUUGCUGAUUUUAUUUUGUAUGUGGUACACAACAGAAUUUAAGGAGAGUUUUGUUUUGUUUUUCCCUCUUUCUCAAUUGAUAAACGCAGAAGUAUGAAACAUCGUAACGUUAAGGAAAUUGGGGUAACUUAGGGACAAAAGUGCAAGGGUACCUCGUAGUUAUGUAGUCUUUAGUUUGAGUUUGUUUUGUACCUCGUAGUUGCCUAUAAAUCUAGGCUUAAGUCUUUUACGUCUUGACAGAUGAAUAUUUAGAUGUUAUUUCAUGAUGUGUCUAUGGAAAUGUUGUAGGCCUAGACUGUUUUAAGUCAGAGAAUGUGGAUGUAGGCCUAGAUUUUAUUGUAUUGUGCAUGGAAGAAUAUGAAUUCCCCCCCCCCCCUUCCUUCGACGAAGUUGGCUGGCGUUGUACAGAGAGGUCGAGGGCAGCUCGAACUCAGUACGGUAGAUUGACGGCGGCAGAAAUGAGAGGUUCGACAAGUGACAAUCCUGAGUAAGGAACGUCAUCGUGCACCGGUACUCUCAGUACUCUGUACUUCUCAUCGUGCAUCGCGUACUCUCAGUACUCUGUACUUCUCAUCGUGCACCGGUACUCUCAGUACUCUGUACUUCUCAUCGUGCACCGGUACUCUCAGUACUCUGUACUUGUCAUCGUGCAUCGCGUACUCUCGGUACUCUGUACUUCUCAUCGUGCACCGGUACUCUAGUCUCAGUACUCUGUACUUCUCAUCGUGCAUCGCGUACUCAGUACUCCACACCAGUGAACACUGGGCACCGUCUACCAAACCCCUGUCCAUCUGAGAUGACUUCAUAGCUGCUUUCUUACAUUCAAUCCCGGUUAGGGAACGAAUUUAAGCAGUCUUCACCAUGUUUUCUUCAGUAUUUCUGACAUUCAAUCCCGGAUAGGGAACGAAUUUAAGCAGUCUUCACCACGUUUGCUUCGAUGUUUCUUCAAUUCUUCGACAGCAUGGAACCUCUUGACUCUUACCCCCCCCCCCCCUCUCUCAUCCUUCCAAGUUAUUCAUGCACACAUACAAUUAUUAAUAACUUGUAUUUUGGUAGUGUAUUAAUUCUUAUAAAGUUAUUUCUAAAUACUUAACCAGAACAUUUACAUGGUUCUAAUGCAAGGAGUUAGAAUGGUUGGAAUGUUAAGUUUUAUGUCUUGUUAUGGACCAGGUUGAACAUAGGAAGUUGUUGGUAUAAAAAGGACUUUGUUAGUCUAAUAUUUGGGAGAUAAAAUCUCGAGGCCAGAUAUUACUAGGAGUUAGUGGCAGGAAAUAGGCCGGGGUGGAGAGACCUUGGAAUGGCCAUUGAAGUGGCGCGAUGGGUUGGAAACAGGAAAGUUUAGGAUUAUGUUAUAGUUAGGAGAAAAGGUUUGAUAUCUAGAUGCAGGCAUUAGAUAUGUUAAGCAAAGUGAUGGUGUAGAAACAAAGACACCUUUAUACCAACUUGGAAUGUUGUUCGGAAGACCGUAGAGAAUAUAGAAUAGGCCUACUCGCAGCAAGGUUAUGGAAAUGAUGAAGUUAGAUGGAAAUAUUUACAAAGUUCACACUUUUACUGAACACAAAUCAAACAGACUAUGUUGUAGAAUUUAAGAUAGUUUAUUCGAAGAGUGACGAAGCAGAAAUUUCUCGUCAUUUAUUUACAGCGUAGGUUUAUUAAAUGUUCGGACGGUGAACAUUUAAUUAUUUGUAUUAAGACGUCAGCCAUGUAACCUAGGACUUAGUUUUAAGCAUGUAAAUAUGUCAAUUACUGUAUAGAAACAUCUGAUAAAAAUGCCACUUUUACUAUUCAUGAAUUUACAAGAGUUUGAAUUGUUAAAGUUAUUGUUGUUAAUAAAUGUUUUACAUCGGGUAUAACUCGACUUGAUGGUUUCCAAAUGAGAAAUUACUUAGACCUGGUUUAGUUGCACGAAUGUCUGAUUAGAUCGAGUAGUGACCAGUGGUCGUUGAUGUGAAUCAUGGAAUUGUAGUAAAUAGUCUUAAGUCUUAGUAAUUUAUAGAUAGAGUGUUCGUAUAUUUCGAACAAACGUCCCCGUCAUCGACCCUCGACUUAAUUACCAUGCUAUCCGUGAGACAGAAUGUCGUUAGAGAGAAGUCUGAAUGAACAUGAUGUAUGCUGGGCAUCUGUGGUUUGCUACUGGAAAUGUUCUUGGAUGGCCGAUUGAUGUGCUUGUUGUGUGCUCGAGAUUGUUAUGAGUGAUUGAAGUGCUGUUGUUGUAUUGACCGAAGUUACAACGAGCGACCACUGUGCAUGUGCAAAUGGCUAAUCAAUGUGCACAUCGUAACAUGUGUCAACUCUUUGUAAUUUGGUUGUGUGUACAAUGUUGUGUGCAUACUGAACAUGUGAAUGUUCGAAGUGAGUGAAGUAGAUUGAUUGAUUGUUGAGCUUGACCAGUCAUGAAUAGUUUAGCUAAUUAGUAGGGAUGAUCAGUUGACUAUUACAGUUGACUUACCAGAUAAAUUCUUGAUUGUUGUGAUGCUGGUCUUGGGAACGAGAGUGGAGAAGGAGUCAAAUGUUUGGUCAGUCAGCUGAACUUGGGUCUCCGGUCGUGUAUGCAUGAUUGUGGAGUGCAGAGCUUAUGUGUGUAAUGUCGUGCACGUGCGACUGAUUGAGGAGAUCGAGCAUGAGUCAUGCCCUUCCCAGUCCUCACCCCCCCCCCCCCCCCUUGUCUACCCAGUAUGAGUCCCAGCUAUUGUUACGUCAUGUUAGAUUUCUGUAUAGGUUGUCUGGAUUUCCCCGGAACAACCAAGGGCUCAUACCCCUAGAAAAGUAUGUGGUGGCAGCAUUUUACCUUUUGUUAGGAGGGUCUCACGUUACAUUUUCUGGUGGCAGCGGUGGGAUUAAGCUCUAUCUGUUAUCAAACAUUAUUUAUAGUAAUUAAGCUAAAGAAGGAUUGUGUACUUGAAGUAAAAGUUGAUUAUUUGUCAGAAUUUGUUUUGAAAUCAGAAUUUAUCUGAGGAAGUUGUUGAUAAGAAUGAGUUUGCUUGGUAUGGAGUAAAGGAAGUUGGAAUUUUGAAGCUGAUGUUAUGGGUCUGAAUUGACAAGGUUAGAGUUGCUACUUGGAAAACAGUAAGAGUCUGUUUGUCUGGAGUUAGUAGAGUUGAGUGUCUGAAGUCAAGUUUGGUCUUGUAAAUCAGUUCAAGUGGAUAUGUGCUUCAUAAACCAGGCAUAAGUUAAAAAAAAAAAAAAAAAAAAUCUUAGAGUAAGAGUGGCAUCUUUCGUAGUAGGAAAUAACUUAGUUAAUUCAUAACGAAAUGUAUUUUAAGUAGUAACGUUGAUAACAAUUAAACUCGAAAGAGUAAUCAAACAUUUGUAAGAGGUACCCUUGUUAAAAAAAAAUUAUUGUUAAUUCAAAAAUUAAACAAACACAAAUGUGUAACAAAAGCUUCCUGGCAAUUUUUCUGAAUUCAAAAGAAACUGAACAAAAAUUGCAAGCUUAGAAUGGAAGGUGAGCAAGAAAACAUUACUGGUGGUGGUGAUAGGUCACACUGGACGGUGGUCAGUGACGAUCCAGAAAUCGCAGUAGGAGAAUCAGGAGAUGUUCAGCAGAAUUCUGGACACGUUUACACGCCACAAGGAUUCAGAGAUAACCCUCUUUACGUUCAGAGCACACAAACCACUGAAGUGAAGCAGAAUGAAUCAGGAUUCCGUAAAGAUGUCUUGCCGGAGAAAUUUGGUGGAAAGACGCCAUGGGGUGAUUACAAGCGUCAUUUCGAGGUUUGCAUGAACUUGAAUCGAUGGUCUGACUAUGAAGCAGGGCAAUUUCUGGCAACAAGGCUUCAAGGUUCUGCGUUGAAGAUCCUGAAUAAUUUCCCUGCUGGAAGGCGCAUCUCAUACCGAGAACUUGUAUCACAGCUGGAGAGUAGAUUUGGUCCUGGAGAACAAGCAGAAAAUUUCCUCCUGGAGUUACGUGUGCGACGUAGACACAAGGAUGAGACGCUUCAGGAACUUGGGCAGGCAAUCAGAGACCUGACGUGUUUGGCCUACCCAGAGCUAAGCAGUGAAGCUCGACAGCGACUGGCAAGGGGACAUUUCUCCGAUGCGAUUGACGACCCGGAGAUUAGGGCUGGAAUUUUCAGGGCCCAUCCACAGACGCUUGAUGACGCCAUCCAAGCUGGUCUUGCAACAGAGUCAUUCCUUAGGGCCGAGAAAUCAAGAGAUCGAAAUAGACUUCCCCGUCACGUCCGUGCAGUGGAUUCUGUUCAACCAGUACCUAUGGACGAGAAAACAAGAAAGGAAAUUGAGGAGUUGAAGAUGAACAUGAAACGGCUAAGUACAUUGAUUGAGGAUAUGGCUAUCAAUCACCAACCAAACAGAAACUAUAAAGCGUGUUUCAACUGCAAUCAAGUGGGACAUUUUGCAAGGGAGUGCCCACAGACCAAUGCAAGACAGGGAAACGACAGCCGGUCUUUCCGAGGGGCCACGGCCAGGCCGAGUUUCAGACAGGGUCCACGAGUUUAAGCUCACACAAGAAUCAGCAUACAGUUAUUUGCACCAUUACCGAGACUGAUCAGAGUAUGUUUGUGA